AUGUACACGACUUCUACCUAUGAUGUGUUCGGUUGGGGCGCUUGUGAAGAUAAUCAAUUAAGUGACCAAGAUCCAGAGUGUCAGCAUGUUACUGUGCCAAGGUUGGUGUUGGCACCAGCCUCUGGUUCUGUUAUCCGCAUUGCUUGUGGCUAUAAGCAUACUCUCAUUCUUACUACUGACGGGGAAGUGUACAGUUGCGGGGGUAAUGAAUACGGCCAGCUCGGUCGUGGUGAGAAUAUCUCCGGCCUCGGUCGUAUAACCGCUCUGGAGAACCAGACUAUCAUAGAAGUCGCAUGUGGAGCAUAUCACAACGCAGCUAUCAGCUACACUGGUCGACUCUUUACUUGGGGCUGUAAUUCCAAUGGUCAGCUAGGCCGAGAAGGAGACGAUUCCUCAGUCAAGAUGGUUCGAUCCUUGUCAGAACAUCGCGUCGUGCAGGUUAGUCUCGGCUUGGAGCACAGUCUUGCCCUGACCGACGCUUCACUGGUGUUCGCGUUUGGCUCGAACAUCUGGGGUCAGUUGGGACUUGGGUUCCGUUCGGACAAUCCGAUCCCAGUUCCCCAGCAGAUAAUGUACCUAAGCGGUUUGCCCAUCCGCUGUAUCUGCGCGGGCGGAAUGCACAGUGUUGCACUCACUAUCAGCGGAAGCAUGUAUGUUUGGGGCGGAAACAAAUACGGCCAGCUCGGAUUGUCUCCCACGGAAUCAAGCGCUGCCGCAACUCCCGCGGUCAGUCUGACUUCGCGCUCAUCACUCGAGAUAGCUCAUCAACAUUCCACCAUCGUGCCUACAUUAGUCCGCGCACUCAAAGGUCUCCACGUUGUGUUCGUCGACUGUGGUGAGUCGCACACUGUCGCUCUUACUCAUGACGGGGGUGUGUUCACCUUUGGCGCAAACCAAUUCGGCCAGUUGGGGCAUAACGAACCGGCGAAAAGUAUUGGAAUUCCUCGCCAGGUGAUCGACUUGAUGGGCACUACAAUAACUCAGAUUGCCUGUGGUCGAAUGCACACGCUGACCUUGGCACCUUCAAGCGGAUGCGUUUAUGCGUUCGGCGCCGGCUCCGAGGGUCAGCUGGGCACAGACAAGACAUCGGAUAGUUUACGUCCAGUCGUAACGAAGGGUUCUUGGAUCAGUGCUGGAAUGGAUCCGAACCAAUAUAACACCCCUACUGACGCUCUCGUUGUGACCCGCUUGUACGCUGGAGGAGAUCACGCCUACUUGCUGGCUCAGAAGCCUUCCACAAAAUAUUCAAUUGUUGUGGAAGACUUUCGUGUUUGGAACCCUACUUCUCCAAGUUCGAUCGCCACAUUAUGCCCACAAGCUGUCACCCACCUUCAAGAUGCUUUGACAGCUCUUCCCUUACCAGCCCCAAUAAAUUCUGUAAUGUCAAAUACAUCUUCGCGGUCCGAUUUGGAGUCUGUAGAUAGUACCAACUCUCAACAGUCACUGACAGCCGCUGCACGCUUGGAGACAGCGUUCUCCUCACUGGGAUGUCUGUCAGCCGUCUGCCUCACAGACAAACACUUCUCCACUGGCCGGGAUGAAUACGGGAUUGACUUGGAUGCCGCCCGCGAUCUGCAACACCAGCUUUUUCAACAGUUACAUUUGAAAAAUUUGCACCGGCUUAUCACCAAAUUGAUGGAUGGCGUCCUAAACGUGUCCCGUACCAACUAUCCGAACGUCGAAUGUCUUCGUGGACUCAUGGUUCUCGCUGUGUCCGAUCUACUCAACACACCGCGCAAGCCGUUCGCUCAGCCCUCCUCUGUGCCAAGCACUCGCAGCGACGUCGCUCCAUCCGUGGGUGUCAGCAUAGAUAUGGUGCCUGAAGUGACCGAUUCCAUUGAUCAGGGUCCCUAUCCCGUCUCAGUCGCUGGCUUCUCCAAUCCAGGCCUGGUCCUGAGUGCCUUCGCAUUGGCUAUAAACAAGUUGGAUUCGGCUCCUUCAAAGAUUAUCGAUCGAUGGUUCGGAAAGAUGCAACCACGCCACUUCAAGCGACUCGUUACCCACUUGAACAAUUUAAUUGUGUAUAUAUUGUACACCCAACCUGCGGCUGUGGACAAUACGCGCAGGAUCAAGGAGGAAGGCAUCCGAAGCUCACUGGAGCUGAUGAAGCGUAUGUAUAAGAUCAACGAAUCAAAGCAGCAGCCUAUCUCCUACGUCAGUUUCUACAUUCCGGAGCUCAGGCAAAAGGUCGACCUUGACGCUGCUUUUAUGAGCUGGCUCCAUGAACGUGAAAAUAGUGGGGUGCACUUAUCCUCCUUUUGUGACUACCCAUUUGUCUUCGAUGCUCCAGCCAAAGCCAGAAUGCUCAACAUUGAGGCCAAAUUCAGCAUGCAACACGCCUACAACGAGGCUGCUCAGAAUGCCUUUCUUCAAACCGUGAUGUCCGUCCCGUUCGGACGUCCUCUGUUUCCCACAUCCAGUCCCUUUUGUAACAUCACUGUUCGCCGUGAUGCUCUGAUGCAAGACACUCUGGCCCAAUUGACAGUCGCAGAUCCCAGUGAUCUGAGGAAAGUGUUACGGGUUAAGUUUGAAGGCGAGGAAGCCGUGGACGAAGGUGGUGUUUUAAAAGAGUUUUUCCUCCUCAUCAUGCGCGAUCUCCUCAGCCCGAUCUACGGCAUGUUCCGAUUUUAUCCGGAAUCUCGAAUGCUCUGGUUCAACGAGACGACUCUAGAAUCCGACACCGUCUUUCUACUUGUGGGAAUUCUCUGUGGAUUGGCUAUUUACAAUUCAAUCAUUGUGGACUUGAGUUUUCCCCUGGCAAUGUUUAAAAAACUGUUGGGCUCCAAAGCGGGGCUAGACGAUCUACACGAAUUGGAUCCUGUGUUGGGCAGGUCUCUACAACAGUUGCUUGAUUACGGUGGCACGGACGUAGCCGAAGUAUUCUGUUUGUAUUUCUCUCUAGAUGUUGAUUUCUUCGGUGAGAUCCGUCACGUUGAUCUGAUCGAAAACGGUUCCACCGUCGCGGUUACACAAGAGAACAAGACUUUGUACGUAGAAAAAUAUGUGGACUAUGUGUUUAAUCGAUCAUGCGAGUCUCCUUACCGGGCCUUUGAGCGCGGUUUUCACCAAGUCUGCUCUGGACACGCACUCAAAUUUUUCCGCCCCAUGGAAUUACAGGCUCUUGUAGUCGGAUCCGAGGUGGUCGAUUGGAACGAAUUGCGCCAGAACACAUCUUAUCAGGGCAUCUAUUGGGACCAUCAUCCAGUGAUCGAGUGGUUCUGGCAAGUCCUCCUGAUCGAGUUCUGCGUCGAGGAUAAGAAAAAGUUCUUACGGUUCCUCACUGGCUGCGAUCGUGUCCCCAUCGUCGGUUUCAGCAGUCUGAAAACUGGAGGAUAA